UCCGCGCGCCGCUGGCUUGUCGCUGUGGUGACAAUGUUUAGGUUGAAGCGGCUGAGGGGAAAAUGAGACUCAAACAGCUCCAUAUCCGAUAUUAUCCUCCAGGAAUAAUCCUGGACUUUGAAAAAGGAGGGCAGCUGAGGACUAAAUCCAUUGACCUGCUGGACUUGACCCCAGAGUGUGAUGCGAAUGAGGUGCUGCUGGAGAUCAGGAGACUUGAGCCAUUGAUCACUGUGUCUCGAGAAGAGCAGGUGAAGUUUCUGAUCAAAAAACUGCAAGAUAAACUCAGCCAGCCAGACGACCACAAGUUUGACCUGUUCAAGACGCUGCAGGCUCAUAUCCUGCCAUUGACGAAUGUUGCCUUCAAUAAAUCAGGGUCGAGUUUUAUAACAGGGAGUUAUGACAGGACGUGUAAAAUAUGGGACACGGCAUCAGGAACUGAACUACACACGCUGGAGGGACACAAAAACGUUGUUUAUGCCGUCGCAUUCAACAACCCCUACGGGGAUAAGAUAGCUACAGGCUCUUUUGAUAAAACCUGCCGCUUAUGGAGUGCGGAAACAGGGCAGUGUUUCUACACCUUCAGAGGACACACUGCAGAAAUAGUGUGCCUGGCCUUUAACCCUCAGAGUACACUGGUUGCCACAGGCAGCAUGGACACCACAGUUAAAUUAUGGGAUGUGGAGAGUGGUGUGGAGGUUUCCACCCUGUCUGGUCACUCUGCUGAAAUAAUCUCUCUCUCCUUUAACACUGUUGGGAGUCGUUUGGUCACAGGCUCGUUUGAUCACACGGUCAGUGUGUGGGACGUUCCUUCAGGCAGACUAGUACACAAUUUGAAAGGCCACAGGGGAGAGAUCAGCAGUGUUAACUUCAAUUGGGAUUCUUCCCUCAUCGUCACAGCUUCGAUGGACAAAACCUGCAAGGUUUGGGAUGCUGAAGGUGGUCGGUGUUUGGCUACCCUGACUGGUCAUAAUGAUGAAGUUCUGGAUGUUUGUUUUAAUUUUAAAGGUCAACUCAUCGCUACAGCUUCAGCUGAUGGUACUUCAAGAGUGUAUGAUGCACAGACAUUCCAAUUUGUGUGUAAACUGGAAGGUCAUGAAGGAGAGAUCUCCAAGGUGUGUUUUAACCCGCAGGGGACGUGUGUGCUGACGGGCAGUGCGGAUAAGACGGCGCGUGUGUGGAGCGUAAGCUCCGGCUCAUGUUUGCAGGUGCUGGAGGGACACACUGACGAGAUUUUCUCCUGCGCAUUCAACUACUACGGAGACACCAUCAUUACAGGCAGUAAGGAUAACACCUGCCGGAUCUGGCGCUGAGGAGAGUGUUUUGGAUUUUGUAGGAAAUUCCAGGACAUGUCUGAUGAAUUGAGCAGUAGUUGUUCAGUAAUGUGUUCUGAUCCAGCCUGGUCAGAGCUGCUGUGACCUUUCUCUCCAGAUCAGUGUGUGUGUUCUCUGUGUGAGCUCUGCUUUGCAGGACUGCUCUUUAAAGCAACAGUGUUUUUUUUUUUAACUACACACCUGAAUCACACACCCUUCUCAAUCUGUGAAAGUUUGUUUUCAGUAUUCUCUAACUAAGUUACUGUUGUGUAGAACAAGGACUAAAAGCAGCUUGUGUUGAAAUAGUGAAUGUGAAAUAUAGUACUCUUCAAAUGAAGAAAUAAUCACACAAAGUGAA